GUCUUCCUGGCGGAAUAUUCGUCCGGGUCGGAAAAAUUGGAAGUUGCUGUGAAAACGAUGCGCCAGGAGGCCACUCGCGAUGCCCGCUUGAAAUUCAUGAAGGAAGCACGCUUGAUGCGGCGAUACGAGCACAAGCACGUGGUCCGGAUUCUUGGCGUAGCCGUACACGAGCACCCACUGAUGAUCGUAAUGGAGAACUGCCCUGGUUUGUUUUUCGCACAAUCAUACUGGCAUCAGAAGUCAAAUUCACUUCUUUGCCCUUAUAUCUCACUUAGGAGGGAGUCCAGUUAUCACAGAACAGGAAUAUUGUACAGUUUUUAAUA